CGGCCCCCCAGGAAGUUCAGGGUGAGUGACGGGUUUGUGCUUCUUUCAGCAGCCAAGCCGCAAUGAGGAGCUUCUUACAGUGAAAGGAAAGUAGGUCGCGCCCACUGAAAAUGCCUUUAAGGGACAAAUACUGUCAGACUGACCACCAUCAUCACGGAUGCUGUGAACCAGUUUAUGUCCUGGAACCUGGAGAUCCUCCUUUGUUACAGCAACCGCUACAGACAUCCAAAUCUGGUAUUCAACAAAUAAUUGAGUGCUUUCGAUCAGGAACUAGGCAACUUAAACACAUUUUAUUAAAAGAUGUGGACACUAUUUUUGAAUGUAAAUUAUGUCGCAGUCUCUUCAGAGGAUUACCAAAUUUAAUAACCCAUAAAAAAUUCUACUGCCCACCGAGUCUACAGAUGGAUGACAACCUUCCUGAUGUGAAUGAUAAACAAAGCCAAGCCAUAAAUGAUCUCCUAGAAGCCAUAUAUCCAAGUGUGGACAAGCGAGAAUAUAUUAUUAAGCUAGAACCCAUAGAAACUAAUCAAAAUGCAGUGUUUCAGUAUAUUUCAAGGACUGAUAAUCCUACUGAAGUUACAGAGUCAAGCAGUACUCCUGAACAAUCUGAAGUUCAAAUACAGGAAACUAGCACUGAACAGACUAAAACUGUACCAGUUACAGAUACAGAAGUGGAAACUAUAGAGCCCCCUCCUGUUGAGAUUGUUGCAGAUGAAGUUGCUCCUACAUCUGAUGAACAACCUCAGGAAUCACAAGCAGACUUGGAAACAUCUGACAACUCUGAUUUUGGUCACCAGUUAAUAUGUUGUCUUUGCAGAAAAGAAUUCAAUUCUAGACGAGGUGUUCGUCGUCACAUUCGAAAAGUACACAAGAAAAAGAUGGAAGAACUAAAAAAGUACAUUGAAACACGAAAGAAUCCAAACCAGUCCUCUAAAGGACGCAGUAAGAAUGUUCUAGUUCCACUAAGUAGGAGUUGUCCAGUAUGUUGUAAAUCAUUUGCUACAAAAGCAAAUGUAAGGAGGCAUUUUGAUGAAGUUCAUAGAGGACUAAGGAGGGAUUCAAUUACUCCUGAUAUAGCAACAAAGCCUGGGCAACCUUUGUUCCUGGAUUCUGUUCCUCCUAAAAAAUCUUUUAAGACUCGAAAACAAAAGUCGUCUUCAAAGGCUGAAUACAAUUUAACUGCAUGCAAAUGCCUCCUUUGCAAGAGGAAAUAUAGUUCACAAAUAAUGCUUAAAAGACAUAUGCAAAUUGUCCACAAGAUAACUCUUUCUGGAACAAACUCUAAAAGAGAGAAAGGCCCUAAUAAUACUGCCAACAGUUCAGAAAUAAAAGUUAAAGUUGAACCAGCAGAUUCUGUAGAAUCUUCACCCCCUUCCAUUACCCAUUCUCCACAGAAUGAAUUAAAGGGAACAAAUCAUUCAAAUGAAAAAAAGAACACACCGGCAGCACAGAAAAAUAAAGUUAAACAAGACUCUGAAAGCCCUAAAUCAACUAGUCCAUUGGCUGCAGGUGGCCAGCAAAAAACUAGGAAACCCAAACUUUCAGCUGGCUUUGACUUUAAGCAACUUUACUGUAAACUUUGUAAACGUCAGUUUACUUCCAAACAGAACUUGACUAAACACAUUGAGUUGCACACAGAUGGAAAUAACAUUUAUGUUAAAUUCUACAAGUGUCCUCUUUGCACUUAUGAAACUCGUCGGAAACGUGAUGUGAUACGACACAUAACUGUGGUUCAUAAAAAGUCAUCUCGCUAUCUUGGGAAAAUUACAGCCAGUUUAGAGAUCAGAGCUAUAAAAAAGCCCAUUGAUUUUGUUCUAAAUAAAGUGGCAAAAAGAGGCCCUUCAAGGGAUGAAGCAAAACAUAAUGAUUCAAAACAUGAUGGCACUUCUAACUCUCCUAGUAAAAAGUAUGAAGUAACUGACGUCGGUAUUGAAGUAAAAGUCACAAAAAACUUUUCCCUCCACAGAUGCAAUAAAUGUGGAAAGGCAUUUGCCAAAAAGACUUAUCUUGAACAUCAUAAGAAAACUCAUAAGGCAAAUGCUUCCAAUUCACCUGAAGGAAACAAAACCAAAGGCCGAAGUACAAGAUCUAAGGCUCUUGUCUGAUAACUUCAAGUGAUGUACGAAAAGGUUUGGAGUUCAUUUUUGUGGAAAGACUUAUAUUGGUGUUAGAACCACUAAACGUCUUCAAAUGGUACUAUGAGGAAAAAAAAGAAAAAACAUUUUCAUAAAUAUUCAACUGUAACUGCUGUUUUCUGACUAAAAUAAUAACCAUCUAACCACUUGUUUCUAAGGCACUGCCUAUUCCAGCACUUUCAAGUAGCUGUGACAUUAUGUAUCGUCAUCACAGCCCAUCAGCUAACCACCUUUGACCUUGUACAUUUGGUCUACAGUUUCUAUACAAAUGUUGCAAAUUUUGUUUUUCAAAUAAUUUGUUGAUUAAAGUGAUCAGCAACCUGAAAAAAAUACCAAUUUUUAAUUGAAAGACUUUAUAUCUUAGUUACUGUAGUUUUGUUUCACUUGGCAAAAGUUUCUUCUGGAUUGUACAGAUAUAUAUGAUUUUUUUUUAGUGAGUAUAUGUUAGGAACAAAAGGCAGAUUAGUAUCAAUGCAUUAUAAAUAUUUAGCCUACUAAAUAUUUGUAAUUAUUUUUACAUCCAUUUCUAAGUUGUUCUUCAGCACUUAAGUGUUUGAAAGUUCCAUUCUAAAGUAUAGAGUACAGGAAAGUUCCAGUCCAUUUUCAUGCAUGGAUCAUUACAUUUUUAAUUUGUAAACAUCUAAAGUUUUUAUGAAAAUUAAACAUUCCCCUAUUUUUCUUUAAAUUUUAUACAAAGCACUUUAAUGAUACAUGCAACCUUAUUUUUCAGUUUUUAUCUUUUUUAAGAAGACCACAAUUAUACUAAUGUUAAUAUGAAGGUAGUAAAUAGCUUACUGAUAUUUUAUGGAUACAGACAAUCCAUGCACAACCACUUCUUAUGAUACUAGUUUUUUUCUUUAAGUAUUGCUAAAAAAGGAAGAUAGAGGUAUAAACCCUAAUUUUUUUUCCUCCUAAGAAAAAUCUUAAAUGACCACUUUAGAUAAAAUUUGACUCCUACUGUAAAAUUUAGAAAAUAAUGAAUUUUCAUCCAUUUUUAUAAUCAAGAUUUUAGGAAAAACAAAUACAGCUAUCUUUAUGAAAUUUGGGGCAGAUUUUUGUGUAUCAAUAUUUUGUACUUUUUAGGGAGUAUUUUAUUUUUUAGUAAAUUUGUGUCAAAUUAUAAUUUUAAAAGGUACAGCAGAAAAUAUACCAUGUUUUUAUAUAGGUUCACACCUGUACUUAGGAGGGACCCUGUCCAUCUAUAAUACAUCUUGUAUAAAAUUUUAAAAUGUUGGAACUCCAUGAGGUUACAAUAAAAUGCUUCUAUAGCUAGAAAAACAUUUACCCUUCCCAGUGCUUUGCACUAAAAUAUACUGUGAAAGGAAACUAGAAAGACUGUAACUAUUGCUGGAAAUGUUCUAUAUUGAAUGUACAUGCGCUUGUUGGAAAAAUGUACUAUAUGUGAUGGAAAUAAACCAGACUCAAAGUUAUUUCAGCUAAAUGUGCUUCACCAAAGGUGCAUUGGUUGAAACUUAAAAUGUUUUUAUUAUCAAACUUAAACUUAUUUAGUGACUAUGAGCAGCUACACUUGAAUUAUAUUCUGAUAGUUUUAUUUUUAAGAAUAGAGUAAUAAUUUCUCUUUAAUUUAAAAACAGAUUUACUUUUCCACAUAUGGAAAAUUUGUACUUAUAGGUCUGACUUUAAUGACUAAUAAUAUAUUUAGGGAACUAAAUGUGUAGGUGGUAUAUCACUUACAAACGAUCUUCAUUAGUUUCACAUUAUUAAACCUGUGUGUUUGACUUUUGCAAGGUGUUAUCAUUUAUGCAUUCCUACACACAAGACAUAUUCCAGAAUGUUUUCAGACUUAAUUAUAAUCGGUGAAAAGAUGGAAGGAUUCUAAAAUGCUUUGGUGGCUCCUUGCUACAUCCUCUCAUCUGUAUGUCUGUCUUUUCCUCUCUGCUUUACUUGUUAAAUACUGUAGAGAAGAAAGAAAAAUAGCCUUAUGUUGGAGGGCAACCCAGUUGCUGGAAUUCCCUUAUUCUGGCCACCUGUUUCCACAGGGGCAUUUACGGUAUGUUUCCUUCGAAGUAGUUCUAGGGCCACAGAAGAGGAAUUUAGAAGAAGGAAAUGUAGGUUCCAGGGACUGAAAGAUUUCAACUGGGUCAUGCAGAAAAAAUAGCUUUGUGUCAGUACUUGCCUAAAUUAGAAGGGCCUAGAGAGAUUGGGAAUAUUUUAUCAUAAUAGCUGAAUUAAUGGAUCAUGGCAGACAUAAAAGCUAGAGGCUAAACUGGGACCAGUUUAGAAAGGUAAAACAAACAAGUUGAAGUGAUUAGAAGGCAUUUGUUCUUCCUGUUCCUUUCUGGUGUUCAUCCUUUUUGGUUUUGACUCUUCAGUUAUGUCAUUUCAGAGGUUCAGGCUUGAGGCUUGAAAAGAGAUCUACGGAAUUUGUGCCAGAAACGUUUCUGCAUAUAAUCUAUAUAAACAAGUAUUUAUUGAUUCUUUGUUGUAGAGAAGAGUUUUUAAGCAGAUAAAGAGCCAACAGAAACUGCUUAUUUGAUAUUAGGGUCUAGCUCUGGCUUUAGAUUAUAUUCAGCUUUGCUGCUAUUUGAUCAAUCAAGAAUUUUUCCAUAUAAUUAAACAUAUUUUUCUUCCUAAAGAUACCUUCCAUUCCUAAGUGUCAUAUAGGUGGAAAACAAUAAAAGGUGUAGCUUGCAUGUCCCCUUUUGUACAUUUGGAUAGUGCCAUGUGACAGCUGGAUAAGGCUUGACUGACUUUGGGCAGGUGUUCAUUAAAACAUGCAUACAUAUCUUGAAUAUACAGCAGCUGUUUGUCAGGUUCAUAUCUCUUCUUUUCUCCCCAAUUACUCCUUACUUUAAGAAGAAAAGCUUUAAAGAAUGUAUGAGUUACCCAUACUUAAUUUUUUAUAUUGAUUUUUUAUACACGAGCUGUUUUUUUUUUAGUUGACACAUAAUGCUUUUAUUGUUGAGAAGUACCUUAACAUUUUUUAAAAUAAAAUGCAUUGUUAUAUUUCUUUAUGGUCAGUAGGCUCUUCUGCUCAGUUUGCACUUAUGAAUGUACUAACAGAGUUUUGUGGCUUUGCUAUGGCUUGAGGCUAUGUAAUAGAAGAGGAGUUUCCUUGUAAGUGUUAUGGCAAAUACAUAGGGAAUUAGACACAAGUGGAUAUCUUUCCCUGUUGUGAAGUGGCAAAGACCUCUCAAAAUAGUGUGACCACUCAAAAGGAGAUAGAAAUCUAUCAAAAAUUUUAGAAAUUAGGUUCCCAUAUUUCCCACAGUGAGCCAUGAAAGUAUUCUAGACCCUUAGUUUAGUGUUUGUAGAAAUUAGUUAUCUAGUGGAAUCUCUAGGCUAUCAUGAUUAUGAGUUAGUUGUGGCUCAUGAUUAAUUUGAAGCCAAGCUCUAAUAUACAACACAGCAUAAUGCUGGCUGUGUUAUUUGAUGAAAUCCUUUUAUACUCUGUGCUAUCCUUUCUCCUUUUUUUUGACUUAAAGAUCUAAAGGGAACUGGAGGAUUGAAAGGAAGUGAGGGUAUGCCAGUAGCAUUGUGGUUAAGGCAGAGGGAUUCUACAUGACCGACUUUGCAAUUUGAGUCCCAGACCCUGCAGCUCAGAAAAUGAGCCAGGUACAAGUACGUGUGUGCCUAAAAUCCUGAGAGGAGAAUGGAUGAAGGAGAAGGGAUUGUUGUGUGGCUGUUGCCCCAAGGGUAGUGCUUUUUCAUGUUUUCUCUGUCUCUUUCUCUCUUGUCUCUCCAGGGAGCAAAUGCCCCUAUAGCAAAUUUAUAAGUAGAAAAGAAAUAAGGAUCAGCCAUCUUAGAACAGCUGUUAGUUUAGUUUCUAAGAUAUUGGGCACAUUAUAGAAUGCCUAAAUGUAUUUCACCUAAAUUUACCUACAAUUAUUUUGACUUUUCUAAUCUUUCAGAUUCAUUCCUCUUAAAAUUUGUCUGUACCCUUUUCCUAUGAGCGUCUAGAUCUUAUUUUGCUUCUGGUUAAUUAAUAGUGACCAUUAGUACCAG